AUGGACGUCAUCUACUUCCCCGUGGCCUCCUACACCUUCCGCAUCUUCCUCAAGCCCUGCGACAACUUCGUUGCCAAGUUUGCCAUCACCCGUCGAACUCUGAAUGAGGUUGACAACAGGUUAAAGGCCAUUGUGUCGGGUGGUGAUUUUGAAGGUGGUGUGCUUGAUGCUUCUAUUGCUGAUGGGUUGAAGUGCAUGCUUGAUGACUGUAAUCCUUUGGUCCAGAAAUUUCGGGCCGCUAGGGAUCGCCUUGCUGAGCAUGGUGAUGAGCGUGUGGGCAUAAGGAUUAUAGAUUUCCAGUUAGGGAUACUGCACAAUGGUAUUGAGGACUCAUGUGAUGAGGGUCGAACAAUGGUUGAUGGUUUUGCUUGUGUUGAGGAGGGUAGGCUGAACUAUAUAGCUGAGCACCAGGAGGAUUUUAGGUGUGAUCACUUGCAAGGAGUUACUGAUGCGGCUAGCGCAGGACAAACUGAUGGUAGCAGUGUCGCUUUGGAGAGUGUUGAGUUUCGGAAGCGUGGCCUCCCCCAUGCUCACAUGUUAGUUUGGCUUGACGGAAAAUCUGUUGAAGGGGUUACUAAUCUGGCCGAUCAUCAUAUAUCGGCAGAGAUCCCUGACAUUGCUGUUGAUCCGCUCGGGUAUGCCCUUGUGGCAGAGUUCAUGAUGCAUGGGUGUGUUCAGUUUGAUAAUCGACUUGUUGUGCCCUACAAUAUGACCUUGCUUAAGCGAUACCAAGCACAUAUCAAUGUUGAGUGGUGCACCCGGAGUGAGGUUCUGAAGUACCUUUUCAAGUAUGUUACCAAGGGCACAGACCGUGCUAAUGUGGUGUUCAGAAGGCACCGUCCUCCUGUUGAGCGUCUUGCUUGCCAUUUGCCUAAUAUGAACACCGUUCUCUUCAAACCCACCACUAAUUUGACAUCGAUGGUUUCAACUUCGUACUUCCAGCAAACCACCUUGACUGGUUGGUUUGCUGCGAAUAGUGUGCAUGUGGAGGCCAUGGAUUUAACAUACCGUGAUUUUCCUACAAAAUGGCGUUGUGUUAGUUCGUCGCGGGCGUUGGAGAAGAGGAAAUCUAGUGAUAGUAUAGGUCGUAUGUAUUAUGUGCCUCCAAGUGCUGGUGAAUGCUAUUACUUGCGGAUGCUUCUUAUGUAUGUUAAGGGUGCGCAUUCAUAUGAUGAUGUUAGAACAUUUGAUGGUGUUGUUCAUGAUACAUUCAAAGAGGCGUGUGCCGCAAGAGGUUUGUUGGGUGAUGAUGAAGAGUGGAGGAAAUCUUUUGAUGAAGCCGUGUCAUGGGGCAUGGGGUAUCAGCUUAGGGCUCUGUUUGUUUUGAUGUUUAUAUAUUGCGGGAUUGGUGACGAGCGUGCAUUCUUUGAUAGAUAUUGGAGAGUGAUGAGUGAUGAUAUUCUAUAUGGGACACGUAGAAAUCUGAAUAAUCCUUUGUAUAUUGUUCCUGAUGAAACUUUGAUAAACCUUUUGCUGAAGGAGCUGCAUGAUUUGUUUGGUAAAAAUGGUGUUAGUGCUAGCAAUUACAAUCUUCCUGCCAUGACUAGUGAGAAUGGUGGCACUGGAAAAACGUUCUUGUGGAAUGUGGUGGUGAGCCACCUGCGUUCACAACAUGUUGAUGAAACUACUGUGUGUGAUAUAAAGCGUGACACAAUGUUGGCUGGACUUAUAAAAUCUGAUGUGCUUAUUAUUUGGGAUGAGGCCCUUAUGACCCAUCGGCGGUGUUUUGAAGCGUUGGAUAGAUCGCUUCGUGAUGUCCUGUCUGAAGAGGAUCCUACAAUGUCGGCCAAUCCCUUUGGUGGAAAGGUUGUUGUCCUGGGAGGUGAUUUAAGGCAGAUUCUUCCUGUUGUUGAGGGUGGGCUUAGAUCAAAGAUAGUUAACGAUGCUAUAACAAGUUCCCCUUUGUGGCAUCAUGCAAAGGUCUUAGAAUUGCGUACGAACAUGCGGCUUAGAGCGUCUUCGAAUGAUCCUGCCUCUCAGGCUGAACUUGCUGAGUUUAGUGCCUGGGUUCUAGCUAUUGGUGACGAUGUUGUUUACGUUGACUUCCUUGCUUCGUUUGAUGAUGCUUCCUAUUUAUGUGCUAGAGCCAUACUUGCUCCAAUUAAUGAGGUUGCUUUUCUUAAAGAAUUUCAAGUUUUCAAUGACAAGGCCAGCGCCAUUAUCCGUGUUUGUUCUAAGCUUGCUAAGAUGAUCAAGAGGUCAAUCUGGCCUGGCCAGAAACUUGCUGUUGGCAAAUGUGAAUAUAAAAACAUCAUUGAAGCUAGUUUGGGAAUUCCCUGCCUGUUUAAUGAAGCUGUGCUGGAAGUAAUGUGGGGCUUGAAGUAUCUCAUCAAGGUUUUAGUGCCUGGUGAAGAAGUAGAACUGACUAAUGAGGACCGCUUCCAGAUGUGUCAAGGACUGAAAUUAGUCCACAAUCUUUAUGGCUUUGAGGUUGAAUCCAAAAUGGUUAAUUCAGACAUCAUUGGUAUGGCAUGUAUCGUGUAUGAGAGUGGUCGUUGUGUGGAUAAACGGGCUUCAUACUUGGAUCAUGGUAGGGCGAAGCUUUCAGAGGUAUCAACAAUUGACUCUACGAAUUGGGAUGAACUGAAACUUGCAACUCCUCUCAAGUUAAUUUGUUAUCCUGAAGAGCAAGUUGAAACCGGUGAUUCUGGAGGUAAAUUGUAA